AUCACUAUUUUGUGGUUUGCCUGGAGGUUUUGCCAAAUUUCCUAGCUGAAUUAAGCUUAAUUUUAUAUAGAACCAAACAAAUGGCCAUGGCGAAUGUGGAUAAGGGCGAACUUAUGGAUCAGGUGAAGCAACAGAUUGCUGUCGCAAAUGCUCAGGAAUUGCUCACACAAAUGACGCAAAAGUGCUUCAAAAAGUGUGUCAAUAAACCGGGAACUUCUCUCGACUCAUCGGAACAGAAAUGCAUUUCCAUGUGCAUGGACCGGUUUAUGGACUCGUGGAACCUCAUCUCUCGGACGUAUGGCCAAAGAUUACAGCGCGAGCAAUCCAAUUUCUAGAGACACAUGGCAUCUGCAUUUCGGGGCAGAUCGGGACUAACUACACCUAUCUGCCUGCUAUUGAUUAGUUGUAAUAUUUACAGUUUAAUAUGCAAUAAAAGCAUGUGUUACGUGACU